GGCCGCACGGGGCACUGAUCACGGGUGCCUGGCCGGACCCUCCGCCCUUCCCCGCCCCGAGACGGGCUCCGGCGGCGGCGGCGGCGGCCGGGACCUCGUGUGCCCGCAUCGUGGCGGGGGCCGCCUUUUUCAUGAGCCCGGGGUGAACAGGUGCGAAGCGCGCGGGGAGCCUCGGGCGGCCGCCCGGCGGGCGCGGGGAGCAUGGAGAGCGAGCGCGACAUGUACCGCCAGUUCCAGGACUGGUGCCUCCGGACUUACGGCGACUCGGGCAAGACCAAGACGGUGACCCGGAAAAAAUACGAGCGGAUCGUGCAGCUCCUCCACGGCUCCGAGUCCAGCUCCACGGACAACGCGAAAUUUAAAUUCUGGGUGAAGUCCAAGGGCUUCCAGCUGGGCCAGCCCGAGGAGGUGCGCGCGGGCGGCGGCGCCAAGCCGGUGCUCUACGUGCCGGUCAAGACCACGGAUGGCGUAGGGGUGGACGAGAAGCUGUCCCUGCGGCGGGUGGCGGUGGUCGAAGAUUUCUUCGACAUCAUCUACUCCAUGCACGUGGAGACCGGGCCCCAUGGGGAACAGAUCCGGAAGCACGCUGGGCAGAAGAGAACUUACAAAGCGAUCUCAGAGAGCUACGCCUUCCUACCCAGAGAGGCGGUGACGCGGUUCCUCAUGAGCUGCUCCGAGUGCCAGAAAAGGAUGCACUUAAACCCCGACGGAGCCGAUCACAAAGAUAAUGGGAAGCCCCCCACGUUGGUGACCAGCAUGAUCGACUACAACAUGCCCAUCACCAUGGCCUACAUGAAGCACAUGAAGCUGCAGCUGCUCAGCUCACAGCAAGACGAGGAUGAAAGCUCAAUAGAAAGUGACGAAUUUGAUAUGAGCGAUUCCACGCGGAUGUCAGCUGUGAACUCGGAUCUCAGCUCCAAUCUUGAGGAAAGAGUGCAGAGUCCCCAGGCUCUUCAAGGCCAGCAGGAUGAUGAUUCCGCUGCAGAGAGCUUUAAUGGCAAUGAGACUGUGGGGCAAAGUUCAGUUGCUUCAGGGGGAACACACAGCAGGGAGAUGGGCGACUCCAAUGGGGAUGGCAAACCUGGGCUGGAGCAGGACCAGCAGCCGCUGAACCUGAGCGACAGCCCCCUCUCAGCACAGCUCACUUCGGAAUACAGAACCGACGACCACAGCGGCGAUGGGAAAAACAAAUACAAGAGUCUUCUGAUUUCUGACCUCAAGAUGGAACGGGAGGCGAGAGAAAAUGGAAGCAAGUCCCCUGCACACAGCUACUCCAGCUACGACUCCAGCAAGCACGAGGGCGGAGAGCGGGGCGCCGAGGACCUGUCCCUGCACCGGGGCGACGAGGACGAGGAUGAGCACGAGGACCACGACGACGCCGAGAAGGUGGCCGAGACGGACGGCGUGGAGGCCGAGCGGCUGAAGGCCUUCAACAUGUUUGUCAGGCUGUUUGUAGAUGAAAACUUGGACCGAAUGGUCCCAAUCUCUAAGCAGCCCAAAGAAAAGAUCCAGGCUAUCAUUGACUCAUGCAGGCGACAAUUCCCUGAGUACCAAGAGCGUGCCAGAAAGCGCAUCCGUACUUACCUCAAGUCCUGCAGGCGGAUGAAAAGAAGUGGUUUUGAGAUGUCGCGACCUAUCCCUUCCCACCUUACCUCAGCAGUUGCAGAGAGCAUCCUGGCCUCGGCCUGCGAGAGUGAGAGCAGGAACGCCGCCAAGAGGAUGCGCCUGGAGAAGCAGCAGGACAAGUCCGCGCCGGCUGACAAGCAGAGCAAACCCGAGGCGGCCCAGGCCACGCUCGCAGCCUCCGCGGUCUCGGGCUCCCAGGAGGUGCUGUACAUCAACGGCAACGGGACCUACAGUUACCAUAGCUACAGAGGCCUCGGCGGGGGGCUGCUGAGUCUGAGUGACGCUUCCAGUAGCGGGCCCACGGACCUGAGCAUGAAGAGGCAGCUGGCGCCCAGCUCCGGGUCCUCCAGCAGCACCAGCUCCAGGCCCCAGCUGAGUCCCACCGAGAUCAACGCCGUGCGGCAGCUCGUGGCCGGCUACCGGGAAUCGGCUGCAUUUUUACUGCGUUCCGCAGAUGAACUGGAAAACCUUAUUUUACAGCAGAACUGACGCCGAAGGCGAUCCUAGUCGCAGAGGUCUAAGUUUGCCGUUUCCACUGAUGACAUUUUGAUUUCCCAGCAGCGAUGGCCCUACUGCGCGGUCUUAAGGGAAACGCUUGCACUCGGCCACACUGUCCUUGGUCCAUGAAGUGAUGUGUUCAGGGGCCUCCAAGGGACUCUGGCCUCUGAAGCACUUGAGAGGCUGUGUGUCCAGCCUGCUGCUUUUUGUUUUAGUGUCAGCAUAACUGUCUGGGCCAAAAAAAAAAAAAAAAAAGGCUGUAGAUUCCUACUUCAAGGAUAAAAUGCAAGAAGCUUGUGGUAUAAAGAAUAGCUCCAGAUCCAACUGAAAUAUGAGUGGAAUUUGCUACUGACUUAUUGGACUGAAAGCUGCAGGAUCUGGCAAAAAAAAGAAAAAAAAAAAAACAAAGCCAAAAUUUC